GUCUACCCAACUUCUCCAAACCAUUGACAGCUCCUCUCUCCGUUAAUCUUCAAUCACGCCUCAACACAAGCCCCCCUUCCCAUCUAUAUAAACCUUUCUCGAACUUCCGAUCGAAACCGGAGUCUGUUAGGUAGCUCGAGCACAAACCCGAGUUGUGUGUGUACGUUUGAUAUCCUAUACUAUGGGAAACUACAUCUCUUGCACGCUCUCGACUCAGACAGCUUCCGGGAACUUGAGAUCCGCAGCGAAGGUGAUACUUCCGACGGGCGAGGUGCAGCAGUUCUUCACGCCGACUAAUGCAGCCGAGCUCAUGCUCGAGACGCCGAACCACUUCCUCGUGAACUCCCAAUCCCUACGCAUUGGCCGGAAAUUCUCGGCCCUGAACGCGGACGAGGACCUCGAGAUGGGUAACGUGUACGUGAUGUUCCCGAUGAACAGGCUCAGUUCCACGAUCACUGCCUCCGACCUGGGGCCGUUGUUCCUCAAAGCAUCUUCAUCCUCUAAGAAGGCGCCUUCCAAUAUCGGUUCGGGGGCCGGAAGAGUGAGGGUCUCGCCUGAAUCUGACGAGGUGCCCCUGCGGGGACCUGACAGGAUCAGUUCGGAGGCGCCGAAGCUCAGCCUGGAAGGGAUCGAGGAGUUCUCAUUGCCGGAGUUUAUGCACAGGAUGUCAAUGAGCCGGUCGAAGAAGCCUUUGCUCGAAACAAUAGCCGAAGAUGAUCAAAUUUAUUCGAGAUGAGCACGAGCAAGUGGAAGCUCGGUUAGAAGACAUUUUGUGAUAUUUUAGUUUUCAAUUGUAUGAAUAUAUCAAGAUGUAAAUGUAAAUUAAUUAUCCUAUCAUUAAUUGUUCAUAUAGGUUUUUUUUCCAGCUUUUUUUUGGGGAAAAAUUGAUGCGUGUUAUUAAUUAAAACCUUUCCUGUGUAGCUGCUUAACCAAUUUAUACA